GCCUGCGCGCCCGGCUGCGGGAGCCAUGCGGCGGCUGAGGAACAGCGGGGCCGACAAGCUGCGUGGGCAGAAGCGGCCUGGCGCCUCCGGGGUCCCCGCGGCCGCCGCCUCGGCCACGGGCGGCAGCCGCACACGGCGCCCCACGGGCCAGGUCGGGGGCGGGAGCCGGGCGGCGGCCAGGCAGCCGUCGGCGAAGCGGCCACCGAGGCAGUCGUCGCCGCGGGCCCAGGAGGCGGGCUCCGGGGAGCCGCCGCCGGAGCUAGCGCCGCUCCCGCCGCCGCCGCCGCCGACCCCGGCUACCCCGACGUCCUCGGUGGCCACGCUGGACCUGGGCGACCAGCGGGAGCGCUGGGAGACGUUCCAGAAGCGGCAGAGGCUCACCUUCGAGGGCGCCGCCAAGCUGCUGUUGGACACCUUUGAAUACCAGGGCCUGGUGAAACACACCGGAGGCUGCCACUGUGGAGCGGUCCGCUUUGAAGUUUGGGCCUCGGCAGACUUGCACAUUUUUGACUGCAACUGCAGCAUUUGCAAGAAGAAGCAGAAUAGACACUUCAUUGUUCCAGCUUCUCGCUUCAAGCUCUUGAAGGGAGCUGAGAGCAUAACCACAUACACCUUCAACACGCACAAAGCGCAGCAUACCUUCUGUAAGAGAUGUGGCGUUCAGAGCUUUUACACUCCCCGCUCAAACCCCGGAGGCUUCGGCAUCGCCCCACACUGCCUGGAUGAGGGCACUGUGCGGAGUGUGGUCAUUGAGGAAUUCAAUGGCAGUGACUGGGAGAAGGCCAUGAAGGAGCACAAGACCAUCAAGAACAUGUCUAAGGAGUGAGCUCCUGCUUCUCUCUGAAAAGAAGGGAUGAUUCCGGCCGGCAACUUUGCUGUCAACACUGCACCUCGAUGGUGCUCAGGAAUGUGGCUGACCCAGGCUGCUGGUUCCGUUGACCAGUGGCCAUCUUGAUCUCUGCAGUUUGCUCCGGCUACCAGUUUUUUAGGCAGCUCUUUGUCCUUCCUCAGUGCAGAUUUUGAUGUAGGCUAGUUGACAUCCUCCUUUCUCUUCCCAACUUUUGUGUGAUCUUUUAGAAAGAUAAAUAUUUUUAACAUUAAAGCAGUUACUAUGGUUUUAACA